AUGGAUCCUCCAAAUCUCCCUCUCUUGCUUCUUCUCACCUUGGCUUCCACCAUUACCGCCCAAUCUUUCCCAACGCCCUACUGUGGUUCGACUGGCAACUUCAGCGCCGACAGCACCUACCAAAUCACCCUCACCGCCCUCCUCUCCUCCAUCUCCACCACCAACUCCUUGUCCCUCACCUACGGCUUCUUCAAGGCCUCCUCCGCCGUCUCCGGCGCCUCCCAGACCCUCUAUGUCAUCGGCUCCUGCCGUGGUGACCUCCCUGCCGAGAGCUGUCGCGCCUCUCUCAAUGCCUCGGCCUCUAACGUUCGUGACCUCUGGCCCCUCCAGAAGGAGGCGGUCCUCUACAACGGGAACUGCACCAUCCGGUACUCUAACGCCUCGAUCUUCGGUACAGUCACGACCGACCCCGGCUACCUGCUGUACAGCGGGAACAACGUCACGAGCCCGGACACGUACAACACGGCGCUGCAGACAUUGCUGGGUAGUCUGCAGGGCGAGGCGGCGGGCGGUGGCUCGCUGAGGAAGUACGCGACAGGGAAUGAGUCGGCGGGUUUCGACAGGAUCUAUGCGACGGUGCAGUGCACGCCGGACUUGACGGAGCAGGAUUGCAGCGACUGCCUGGUGAAAGUUGUCGCGAAUCUUGGGCAGUGCUGUGCCGAGAAGUUGGGAGUGAAUAUCAUGGCACCGAGUUGCCAGUUCCGGUACGAGACCAAUGAUCGGUUCUUCGACCCGGUCAAAGAGCCACUUCCACCGCCGCCCGCACCGCUAUCACCGGCAGCAGACGCACCGCCCCCACCGCCAGUCUCGACAAGUGCUUCUGUGGUCCUUGUUAUCGGCAUUGUCAUAAUCCUGAUAAUGAAAAGGAAGAAGAAGCAGCCCAGACAAAGAGUUGAAGGUGAAGUUGAGGAUGAAAUAAGCACGGCAGAGUCACUGCACUAUGAUUUCGGCACUAUUAGAGCGGCAACUGAUAACUUCUCUGAUUCCAAGAAGCUUGGACAAGGCGGUUUUGGUGCUGUUUACAUGGGUCGGCUCUCCAACGGACAAGAAAUCGCAGUAAAACGGCUGUCGUAG